AUGUGCAAGUUAAGCAGCAUCUUGGAGACUCUCGAAUUCCUGAUUUUAUUAGGAUAUUACUGCUUUGAGGCUUUCAUUCUGUUUAUUUGUCCUCCAUGUAAAAAGAAUGUUGCUGGUGAAAUAGUGCUUAUUACAGGAGCUGCAAAUGGGAUUGGAAGGCAGGUUGCCUUAAAUUUUGCUCGUCUUGGGGCUACCCUGGUUUUCUGGGACAUUGAUGAAGAAGGUAACAAAGAGACGAUUAAACUGGCCAAAGAAAAUGGAGCCAAAGGAGUGUAUGCCUACAGAUGUGACUGCAGCAAUAGGGAAGAAGUCUACAGAGUGGCAGAUCAGGUUAGAAAAGAAGUUGGGGAUGUUAAUAUCCUAGUCAAUAAUGCAGGCAUAGCAAAUAUGAAAACAUUUCUCGACCUUCCAGAUGCUGAUAUGGAGAAAACUAUAAGAGUGAACAUCAUGGCCCAGUUCUGGACUUGCAAAGCCUUCCUUCCAGCUAUGAUUGCCUGUAACCGUGGACACUUGGUUAGUAUCUCAAGUGGAAUUGGACUUAUUGGUGCCAAUAAACUGACAGAUUAUAGUGCAAGUAAAUUUGCAAUAAUUGGCUUUCUGGAGUCAUUAACUUUUGAGUUGCAGGCUGCAGGAAAGAAAGGCAUUAAAACCACCAUCGUCUGUCCUUCUUUCAUAAAUACAGAAUUAUCUACAGGUAUUCGUGUGUCGAGGCCACUUUUACUUCCUAUUUUGGAUGUAGAGUAUGCAAGCAGGAAGAUUGUGGAUGCAAUUCGAGAGGAGAAGUUUUAUGUGUUCAUGCCUCUGACCAAUUGCAUUUCUGCUUUGAAAAACUUUGUACCUAAGAAAGUGCUACUCCUUGCUGUAGAGUAUGCUGGUAUUUUCAACAAUCUGGACGGUGUCAGAGACCGGAAGAGAAGGGACCAAAACCACACUGCUCCGAAGAUGUCCGAUACCAGCUAAUCCAAAUUCAUGUGUAACAUUUAAUGGACAUAAUGAGUUAUUUCUUUGGGUUUAUUUCUUCCUUAGAUCAAUUCUCUUCUAUAUGAUACUUUAGGUGUUUAAAGAUGUCGUCGUUGUUCUGAUAGCUGUCUGUUAAUCAGUAUUUUUCAUCCUCAGCUGUUCUCUCUUCUUUCUAUCA